GUCUACAAACUGCCGGUCGGCGGUAAAACCAAAAAUACCCGCUCUAGAUCGCAGUCAACCGCUUUUCUCUCUCUUUCUCCGGUGAAUCCAGUUCUUGAGCUGAUCAAUAAUCAAUUCAAUGAAUCAAUUCAAUGAAUCAUUGAUAUCAUAUCCAUCUCAAUCAUCUACAUUCUUCUAAUUUCUUUUCUUCAAUGGCUUCGAUCCGAAGAACUUUAUCUCCUUAUCACAAUCACAAUCACAAUGCUUCCUUUUCCCUGCCUCCAUCGCCCAAAUUCUCAUCCUCCUCUCAACCAUCCACCUUUUUCCUCUCUCUCCGCCGCUUUCUUGACGGAGACUUUCUCCGCCGGACUUCUCGAAAACCUCACCACAAAUGGAAAAGAUCAUUCUACGCUUGCUUCUUGUUCUUCUUCCUAGGGUUUCUAUUCGGCGUCAUGCCUUUUGGUCAAGUCGACGAUGAUGAUGUUCAAAUUCAAAAGCAUGAUUUCUCCUUCGGAAACAUCCGCCCUCCGACCCUGGAAACGACGACGGGCAUCAAGGAGUUGAUUGUUGAUAGGGUAACAGUCUCUCAUCCUGAGAAUUUUGUAGUGGAUAAGGUGGAAUUGGCUGUUGAUGGAAGGUUAAAAGCAGUGAAUGAUAGAUAUGAUUUCAUUCCAAGGAAACAGUUGAUUGUUAUCACUCCUACUUAUAAUAGGGCAAUGCAGGCGUAUUUCUUGAAUAGAUUGAUUCAGGUUCUUAGACUAGUUCCACCUCCACUUGUUUGGAUUGUCGUUGAGAUGAAUUCUCAAUCAAUGGAAACUGCUGAGAUACUUAGGCACAGCGGUGUUAUGUAUAGACACUUAGUUUCCGUUCAAAAUUCGACAAACAUAAAGGAUAGAGGUGUUCAUCAGAGGAAUAAAGCUCUCGAUCAUAUUCAGCUACACAAACUUGAUGGGAUUGUUUAUUUCGCAGACGAUGAUAAUAUCUAUUCACUCGAGUUGUUUGAGAGGCUAAGAGGAAUAAGCCGGUUUGGUACAUGGCCUGUUGCAAUGCUUGAAGAAGGGAAGAACAAGGCGAUGUUGGAAGGUCCUGUAUGCAGCAAUGUAAGUAAAGUGAUUGGAUGGCAUACAAAUGAAAAAAGCAGAAGACUGCGUAGAUUCCAUGUUGAUAUGUCGGGGUUUGCAUUCAAUAGCACGAUAUUAUGGGAUGAUCCAAAGAAAUGGAAACGUCCCAAUUCAAAACCGAUUCGCCAACUUGACACGGUGAAAGAGGGUUUCCAGGAGACGACAUUUAUAGAGCAAUUGGUUGAAGACGAGAGACAAAUGGAGGGUUUGGCUGGUGGUUGCUGGAGGAUAAUGAAUUGGCAUCUUCAUUUGGAUCCAGGACAAGGGUUUGGCUAUCCUAAAGGGUGGCAAUUAUGGAAAAAUCUUGAUAUGAUCAUCCCUGUUUAAGUAAAGCAACAACAGUUUAAUAGUGAGUGUUGUAAUUUCAAAAGAGCACCAGGAAACAGGGCAGCAGCAGUUUAUUGGAUGGAACUGGUUAUGAUUGGGUUUUAUACACGAUCAGAGACAGACGUCUAUCUCUCGAUUCUUUGACGAUUCGCAUCUUGGAGAGCGAUCACUCAGCAUCAUCAUCACUUAAUUUUGUGGUUUGAUCAUUUUUCAUGAUUGAAAAUAUUUCUAUUCUUUCAAGUAGUUGUAGUAACUAGUAACAGAGAGCAUUGUUAAUUCCCAUUGUCAUCGAUUUCAGACAUACUUGGUUUUGCUUA